CGCCCCCGCCACCACUUCGCCGGACCGUAAUUCCCGAUAGGCCGUGCAGAUGGGACGUCGUGGCAGCCGAUAAUAAGCGUCGAGCGCGAUGUAGGCGAGUCGCCGACGAGAGAUACAAUUCCGCCAGGACUUUCCUACCAACAAGUCCACGUACUCGGGCUUCUCGCAAGCUUCAUCAAGCUACCGAGCGGGUGAAUUAGCGCGCGGCGGGGUGAGGGAGAGACGGCGGAGAGGAAAAGCGAGCGCCCGCCGCGAGCGCGAACAGCUGGAGGCUCGGAAAAUGGCAAGAAUCUUCACGGCAGAAGCGGUUGCGACGGUACUGCCCUGCGAGCACUGUGCUAACCUCCCAUUGAAGCAUAUCCAAGAUUUCGUAAGGCAUUUACGCGAACGACACUGCAGCCAAGAGGGUGGUUCCUUCGUCUGUCAUUACGGUUACAAUGGUGUCUGCUCUAGUCUUCCGGUGGAAGGAGUCUCUGACAAGGAUUACAUAGCCCAUGUUAUCAAGCACGCAACGAUGCAGCAACAGCAGCAGCAACAGCAGCAGCAGCAGCAGCAGAAGAAGACCAACGGGCAGUUAGCUGCUGCCUCGUGCGCUUCUUGGUCAGUCUACUCUGCUUCUCAAAAUUUACCAGCUGUGCUUAACGAUCCCAAUAAGGGAAAACAAAGUAAUUUUUUCACAAAGACAUGGGGUGACUCAUUUAUUGAAAAAGUGGAAAUUCCAAAGUGCUCCUAUCUACCUGACAUUACCGUGCAUCAUUUGGAAUCUUAUUUGAAGAAGAUAGCUCGGAGGUAUCGUAAGCAUAAGCGUUUAAAUUCAACUGCUAAUCUUCCAGCAGCUUCGCCGCACGAAUUGCUACAAAAUUUUCCUAAUCUUAAAAAAGUUAAAUCGUUUAAUAUUAAUAAUGGACCAAUAGAUCAUUCGCUAUUCGAUUUGAAGAAUAUACCAAAAUACUUUUUAAAUCCCAGUUUGGAUCUUUCGGAGAAGAAAAAUUUUGACAAUGUUUUCACUUUCUCAAAGGAUGGAUUGCUUGGCGAAGGGAAGCAAAUAGGCACAAAUGUGAAACAAAUGCAAGAAAAGCUUACUCAUUAUUUGGAUAUCGUGGAAAUUAAAAUUGCGGAACAAGUGGCAUCUAAAUCACAAGCAUUUUUCCACGCUAUGACUUCGCACGAUGUUUUAAUGGAACAAUUAACCCAAACCAUUACAGUUUUAAAGGCUCUUCGACAAAGUAUUCAUGAUAUCGAUAAAAAUCCCGUUGAAAAUUCUUUAGAAGUUUUAAGAUUGGAACGCAAACGGUCCAAUCACUCGAUAGUGCAAGAAAAACUGAAGCUUAUAGCGACGGUCCAUCAAAGUCAGCCAAUGAUUCAAUCGUUGCUGUCAACGCCAGAUUACGUAGCUGCCUUAGAUGUUAUUUCCACAACGCAAGAAAUUUUACUACAAGAAUUAAAUGGAAUUCACAGUUUUCGGCAUUUGGGUCCACAGUUAUUAGAAAUGGAGAAAUUAAUCAACAAAAUGCUCCACACAGAGUUUGAAAGGUACGCGACGGCAGAUCUAAACAGACCAUUAGUUGGAGAUAAUACCGUACUGGAUGGGGAUAAGCUUAUUUCUAUAAUCUCGGGACUCUUGCGCCAGAAGAAUUUCCAAUUUAUAGACACGUACAAAGAGGAAGCGAUGACAACAGUGAGAGCAGUAACCAAACAACGUGUCAUCGAAGCAUUAGCUGACAGCGAUUGCUGCAGCGAUCAACAAGCAGCUGCUCUUGAAGUUGGCAGCCUUUCUCUCACAGAAAGAUUAAAGCUUUUAGACAAUACAAUACAAUCACUGACAUCACUUUUAUAUCGAAUUAAGGCCGUUCAUAAUGUUAUGCGCGACACUGCGGAUUUGGCAGCUGGAAAAUCAGCCGACAAAACGAACGAAUCCUGCUUGAUCGAUCGACUUUUGCUAGAUGACGAUCACGUGCGCGUGACUACGAAAUUGGUGGACAUGCUUACGUCUAUAUGCGACUAUUGUCAUGAACGAUUGGGAAAUCUGGUUUCCGCAAGUCCCAGUGAAAGUGAGAAAGAAAAAAUCGAGAUGUCAUCAAAUAAAUCUACGGAUAAAGAAUUAACGAAUUGGACGGAUAAGUCCUGGCUGAGCGAGAGGGCUACGACAGCCCAAGUUUGUAAAUUGGCUAAUAUCGUGGAGAAUUUUACGGAAACUUGUGAGAAAUUGUGUGGAAAGCAAUGCAUCUCCCUUCGUUGUGUUUUUAAGGCCCAGGCGAGUAAGUUUGUGCAGAAAAUGCAUACAGAACGGAAAAUUAAAUUAAACCACGUGCUUGAUUCAGAAAAAUGGAAGCAAGCUGAUGUUCCACCGGAAUUCCAAGCUCUUGUUACGUAUAUUUACAAAAACGAAUGCUUCCCCUACGAAUUAUGCAUUUCAGAUAUAAAUCAGUGUAACAAGUCUAUGAAUAUUGUAUACAUUGGGGAUGAAAAGUAUGCUGUAGUAGGGACUGUUCUCGUAUUGAUUCAAAUUAUCCACGAGUAUUGCAGAACCGCUAGUGAAUUAUCGGCUUUAUCGGGAAUGAUUCGACGUCAAUUGGCCGAGUUAUUGCGUCACUACAAUUCUCGUUGUUAUCAGCUUGUACUGGGCGCUGGCGCCUUACAAGUGGCAGGACUCAAAACUAUUACUAGCAUAAUACUUGUUUUAGCAAGUCGAAGCUUAAAGCUGGUACUAUGGUUAAUGCCAUUUGUUAAAGCACAUUUUCAAGCUCUGGCAGAACAGAAUUCUAAUAAUAGUGUCAUAGGUCUAACUAGUAUAAGCGGAGGAGUUGCUUUGCUGGAUACAGUUGAAAGAGAUAUUCGCUCUCAUAUUCACGAGAUCGAAGGAAAAAUAUUAACAAUUGUGGACGACCUUCUGGGAGGUCAGAUCGCUAGUUGGGUUGCUAAGCCACCAGUACCAUCUCAAUCAUUCAGAAAUAUUUCUAGACAUUUGGUUAAACUCCACGAGGCAGUAUCUGGUAUUCUUCCAAACGACGAAGUGCAAGAACUGUACAGAACAGUGAACACAUCGUUUAAGGAUAAAUUAAGAGAGCAAUUAGCGAAUAUGAAUAUUGUUAAUAAUGGUGGUCCGCAGCAUGGAGUCGUUACAUCCGAAUUGACUUUCUAUCUCGAAACCCUGCGAAAUUUGAAGGUUUUGCCAGCUGAGGAAUUGAGUAACGAUUGUUUAGAUAAUGUUUGGACUAGAUAACAUGCAGAACGUGUUGUGUAUUGCAUUAUCGAUGCCAUCAAGUAUCACAGAAAUAGAUGACCAUUGACAAUUUCUGAUGUUUUCACAGUGCUGAAAUAUUGCUAACGGAAUUGUAGAUACAAAUUGUUCAUUUUAAAGUGCUGGUGUAGCUGUAAUUUUAUUAUUAUAAAUACUUAUAAAACACAAGAAAUGUUACAUGACUCGAGAAAAUUUGCCUAAUUACUUGGACGCUGUGUAAUUAGCUUCUAAAACCUUAUAUUAAUUCAGACUGAAAUGCAUAGAAUGAAAUUUAAAACAAAACAAAUAAAACAAACAAAACAAAAUAAAAACACGAAAUGAGGUACUACCUGGACCAAAAUAUGUAUAAAUAACUUUAAAAUGCUUCUCAUAUUGCUCUUAACAUGAGAUUAAUAAUAACGAUAGCAGUAGUCAUAAAGUACGAAAGUCCUUAAUUCACUGCCAUUGUGAUGUUUGCACAACGUUCGUUCAUUUCGUGUUUUUUUUUGUUUUUUGUUUUU